GCUUCGGCUGUACUGUACAGCCAGGCAGCCCGGACGGUGGUUGCUGACCAAAAAGGAAUGUUCACGGAAGCUUGGUCUCUUUUUUCACCCAACUUUCUGCUCCUCCUCCCAUCGCAUGGUCAACGCCAGCAUCGUUCCCCCUUAGGUUGCUGUGGAUGCUGCGUCAUUGCUCGGGUCGCGGUUCCAAGGCAGCAGUCCCCGAAGAAGAUUGACACGCCAUGAACCACCUCCAAUCGGCUCUGCAGCUUUCAGAAUAUGGUCAUAGCUAGUGACUAAGUCUAAUGUGCGUCCUGAAAUUUGGAACCAAAACCAGGGCGUGGACAUCAGUGGUCACAUUGUAUCCACGCUGUCUACUCAGCUACGGUGGUCACCAACACAAUAUAUAAGGGGGUUUAGACAAAGCAGCCACCGCUAUUCUCUCUCUAUCAACAGCACCACCAUCACAACCACACCAGCCACCGCUAUACCCGCACCAUGAAUACUGCCACUCCUCCUAGUACUAGUGAUAACACUGCUUCCAAUGAUAAAGGUACUAGUACUGCCGAGUCGCCUCUUCUGUUUGCUGACGAUUUGAUUUGGAGUGGCCAGAUUCUAUCGUUUGUGGGUGUUGGACAGUAUGCUUUCGUGGGGGCUGUCAACAAGAAGAUGAAUCGACUAUACAAAGAGUACUGCAAAGUUGAACUAAAGAAAAAUCCAAGAAAGGUAAACGAUAACCCUGCUGGAUACGUAUGGAUUUCUUCCGGGCGCUCUGCGGAAAGCACUGAUACUCUUUACAGCGAAACAUUCUGCAAUCAGCCACGUGCAGAAUACUGGCUCGUGGACAAUUCCAGAAAUAAGAAACCUGAUCGUCAUCAUGUUUGCACUGCCAUUGCCAAAAUUGGAAAUCUUGCUGUCAUGAAAUGGGCACGACAAAAAGGAUUCCCAUGGGAUGCAAAUACAUGUUGCUAUGCUGCACUAUAUGGACACUUGGAAUUGCUCCAAUGGUUAAGACAGAAUGGUUGUCCAUGGAAUGAAAAUACAUUUGCAUCCGCUGCUGGAGGUGGACACUUGGAAUUGCUCCAAUGGUUAAGACAGAAUGGUUGUCCAUGGAAUGAAAAUACAUGUUGGGCUGCUGCAAAAGGCCAUUUGGAAAUUUUGAAGUGGGCUCGUGAAAAUGGCUGUCCGUGGGAUGAAUGGACAUGCACCUUAGCUGCUGAAAAUGGCCAUUUGGACAUUCUAAAGUGGGCUCAUGAAAAUGGUUGUCCAUGGAAUGAAUUGACAUGCCGUGGUGCUGCUGAAAAUGGCCAUUUGGAAAUUCUGAAGUGGGCUCGUGAAAAUGGUUGCCCAUGGAGCAAAUGGACAUGUAGAACAGCUGCUGAAAAUGGGCAUUUGAAAAUUUUGAAGUGGGCUCGAGAAAGUGGCUGUCCAUGGGAUGAAGAUACAUGUGUCGGUGCUGCUAAGAAUGGACAUUUCGAAAUUCUAAAGUGGGCCCGUGAAAAUGGUUGUCCAUGGAAUGAACGGACAUGUCACGCUUCUGCUGAAAAUGGCCAUUUGGAAAUGCUCCAAUGGUUAAGAGAGAAUGGUUGUCCAUGGAAUGGAGGGACAUGUGCCUAUGCUGCUGGAAAUGGCCAUUUGGAAACUUUGAAGUGGGCGCGUGAAAAUGGUUGUCCAUGGAAUGCAGCGACAUAUCGUUAUGCCCGCAGGAAUAAACAAAGUGAAGUGCUCCAGUGGCUACGUGACAAUGGCUGCCCUAGGUAAUACGGCAGAAUCAUUGAUGUAAGAUCCCCACGCAAACCAUAGAGAUUGAAAAUGGAGGAUAUCCAAGCAUAACGUCCUUCGGAGACUGUAGAGUGCAGUAGAACACUUCUAUUAUCUAUUCUUUAAUAAUACAUGCUUAGACAGAGGAGGUAUCCUCAUCAGUGGCAACAGCCCCAGUUGGCACUGACCUGAGAACUCGACGGUUGGCAUGCAUUCUUGCCAUACAGUACCCUCGAAAUUUCCGCACAGAGGACCCAGUAUAGAUGUUGUGCAUUAUUUACCCACAAACCUUGGGUAUUUUACAACAAUGAAUCAAUGGAAUGCCCAUGGCCAUGGAAGGUUGAUGCAAUCUGUGCACAACAUUGGUCAAGUUUGUUGGCAAUCGGCACAACAUCGACGCCAUGAAACAUCUCCAAUAGCUCUGCAGCGUUC